AACUUCAAACCAAAAUGGAAUGUCAAAAUUAUUAAAAUCAACAUUGAUGUCAAGUUUCCGACAUAUUUCUAAUUUUACAGAAAAAACUAAUUUUGUAAAUUUAUAAACACAAUUAUUUAUAUGAAAAUAUGGAAAAUGAAGACGAAACUACCAGUGCAAAUAAAAGUGAUACAUUUGAAGACCUCAAUUUAAUCCUUACGAAUACAUUUCGAACAGAGGAUUUUGAUGCCACUGAGGAAUUUUUAUCAAAAUGUCGUUCGGUUCAUGCUUGUAGAGUUUGUGAUGAAGUUUUCAGAUCCAGAUAUGAUUUAAAGAAACAUAUGACUCAAAGUUAUGACUGUAGAAUUAAAAAAAUUUUCAGAUGCACAGAAUGCCAACAAACUUUUCCUAAUGUAGGAAAAUUCCAACUUCAUUUAGUAUCUCAUUCACAGGAAAAUGAAUCAGAAGGGGAGCAAGCAAGUGAAGAUGUUCCUUCUGCUGUGUGUGAGUUGUGUGGUAAAGAUUUUGAAAGCAAUUCCCUAAGAAAGAAGCAUAUAGAUUCCCACUUUGAACAACGUGGUUCAGUCCUCUGUCCACAGUGUGGGAAAUGUAUAUCCUCUAAAGAAAUGUAUAUGAGACAUCGUUAUGUGCAUGGUAAAGCAAAGGAGAAGAUUGAAUGCAAAAUAUGUAACAGAUAUUUUACUUCAGCUAUGGCAUUAAAGAAUCAUCUCUAUACACACACCAAGGAAAAAACUUUUGAGUGUUGCUUUUGUAAAAAACUUUUUGCAUCUAAAAAUUCCUUAAGAUCGCACAUAAAGCUUAAACAUUUCAAACCUGACGAUCGAGCUCUUCAGGUUAAGGAAGAAACAGUUACUUAGUUUUUAUGAAUAGGUAACAGUUUAUAGCUAUACUUUUUUUGUGGUACUAAUUGGAUUGGGUCGUUUUGUCUAUAUUUUGUUUAAUUAAUUACUUUCAACAUUAGUUUUAGGUUCAACUUUUGACUGGACAAAUAAUUCUAGAUCCUUGAACCAUGUUGAACUAUCUCAUGAUGAGCAAUGGUUAAUGAAAUAGGAAUAUUUGACUGGUAUACUUGAUACUUAAAGUCACCAAAUAGUCUAAGAGCUGGGAGCGGAUUUUGUGCGUGAUAAGUAAUAUGGAAAAACUAUACGGGGAUAUGUUGAAUUAGUUGUGUACAUGACUUUCACCAACGGCCGGAAACCAGAGUGGGGGCCGAGGGUAGUUAUAAGGGGUCAAAGUCGCGGUUUUUAUUAUUUUUUUUAUGCCGCUCAUGAUCGAGAUAGUGCACCAAAAUUUGGGAAUAAGUAGGUCAUGACGUAUCUAAGUAGAAUCUCUAGAGGCGCAACGCUGCGUGGCCGACAAAGGGGUGGGGGUAGGGGUGAAUACGAAAAAUAUAAAGGGUUUUUUGCGACGUUGGUGAUUGAGAUAGUGCACCAAAAUUUGGGUAUAAGUAGGCCAUGACAUAAAUAAGUAAAAUCCUCAAAGCCGGAAACCAGAGUGGGGAGGAAGGUAGUUAUAAGGGAUCAAAGUUCCGUUUUUUAUAAUUUUUUUUUUGUGACGCUAAUGAUCGAGAUAGUGCACCAAAAUUUGGGAAUAAGUAGGUCAUGACGUAACUAAGUAAAAUUUCCAGGAGUGGAACACUGCGUGGCCGACAAAGGGGUGGGGCAGGGGUGAAUAUAAAAAAAUGUUAGGGGUUUUUUGUGACGUUCUUGGUUGAGAUAGUGCACCAAAAUUUGGGAAUAAGUAGACCAUGACAUAACUAAGUAAUAUCCCAAGAGGCGGAAACCAGAGUGGCGGACGAGGGUAGUUAUAAGGGGUAAAAGUAGCGGUUUUUAUUAUUUUUUUUUGUGGCGCUCAUGAUGGAGAUAGUGCACCAAUAUUUGGGAGUAAGUGAGUCAUGAGAUAACUAAGUAAAAUCCCCAGGGGCGGAACGCUGCUUGGGGUAUAAAGGAGUGGUAGGCAGGGAUGAGUAUAAAAAUAUAUUGGGGUAUUUUUGCCGUUCGUGAUCGAGAUAGUGCACCAAAAUUUGGGAAUAAGUAGAUCAUGACAUUACUAAGUAAAAUCCCCAGGGCGUAACGCUGCGUGGGGGACAAAUGUUGUGCCGGGUCACAAAAAAAAAUAAUACACACUGCGACUUUGACCCCUUAAAACUUCCCUCAUCCCCAACUCUGGUUUCCGGCUCUGAGGAUUUUACUUAGCUAAGUCAUGGUCUACUUAUUCCCAAAUUUUGGUGCACUAUCUCAAUCUAGCACGUCGCAAAAAACCCCUUAUAUUUUUUAUAGUCACACCUACCCCCACCCCUUUAUCGGCCACGCAGCGUUCCACCCCUGGAGAUUGUACUUAGUUACCUCAUGACCUACUUAUUCCCAAAUUUUGGUGCAGUAUCUCUAUCAUGAGCGUCACAAAAAAAAUAAUAAAAACGGCGACUUUGACCCCUUAUAACUACCCUCGUCCCCCACCUCGGGUUUCCGGCUCUGAGGAUUUUACUUAGUUAUGUUAUGGUCUACUUUUUCCCAAAUUUUGGUGCACUCUCUCAAUCACGAACGUCGCAAAAAAACCCUUAUAUUUUUUGUAUUCACCCCUGCCCCACCCCUUUGUCGGCCACGCAGCGUGCCACCCCUGGAGAUUUUACUUAGUUAUGUCAUGACCUACUUAUUCCCAAAUUUUGGUGCACUAUCUCGAUCAUGAGCGUCACAAAAAAAAUAAUAAAAACGGCGACUUUGACCCUUAUAACUACCCUCGUCCCCCACUCUGGUUUCCGGCUCUGGGUAUUUUACUUAGUAAUGUCAUGGUCUACUUAUUCCCAAAUUUUGGUCCACUAUCUCAAUCACGAACGUCGCAAAAAACCCUUUAUAUUUUUUAUAUUCACCCCUACCCCCACUCCUUUGUCGUCCACGCAGCGUUCCGCCCCUAGAGAUUUUACUUAGGUACGUCAUGACCUACUUAUUCCCAAUUUUUGGUGCAAUAUCUCGAUCAUGAGCGUCAUAAAAAAUAAUAAAAACUGCGACUUUGACCCCUUAUAACUACCCUCGGCCCCCACUCUGGUUUCCGGCCGUUUGUGAAAGUCAUGUACACAACUAAUUCAACAUAUCCCCGUAUAGUUUUUCCAUAUUACCUAUCACGCGCAAAAUCCGCUUCUAUCUCUCCUACUAAAAUCCUUAUAGGGAGAACCUAUCUCAUUCGGUCAAUAGGCCUAUACAAAAUAAUGCAAAAUUUUUAUCUUUAUUGUGAAAAAUUGAUAAAAAUUUGAUUCCAAUGAGUUACCAAAUUUUGAUAUCAUCCACAUCCUUUAAAUCUUUGUUGAAAUAAAACAAUCUUGAUAAAUUAAUUUUAUCGGGAACAGUUUGACCACAAUGUUGAUUCAUAGGUAAAAAUUGUAAUUAUCUAUUUUUAUAUUUGCAUGUAAGAAUGACUUUUUAGUUAUAAAAUAAAUAGUAUUGUUCUUAUGGUUUAAUCAUUUUGGAGUAGCCAACUAAUUUUAAUGUCCAAAAAGAUUGUAAAUUGUUAUCAUUUAUUGUAAUAAUAAUAAUUUAUUAAUAUUAGUAAACAAGUAUUUACUUAAGAAUAA